AUAGCUACACYGUUGUCCAGUGCCUCAUUUCCGUAUCUUUUAAGAUUGGAAAGAAACCAAGAAAGAGAACAAGAAGCAGCUAACCUGGAAUACUUAAAGAAUGUUAUAUUAAAGUUUAUUGAGUGCGCUCCAAACGAAAGAGAACAACUCGUGCCAGUACUCAACCAAAUGCUCAAACUUAGCCAGGAAGAAAAACAAAACAUGACAAAGUUUGCGAAAGGAGAUACCAAUGACGACAUUCAGCAAGAGGGUGUGUCAGGAUGGUCUAGCUACUUGUACCGAUGGACAUCCUUCAACUAAGAAAACCAUUCAAAUGCUCAUCAAAAAAAACAUUUGAAUGGUGGCCAUACGGAGAAAAACCAUUUAAGUGCUCAACAAGCCAAAGAAACCCAUUCAAAUGUUUGAAAGGAAACCAUUGAAGUGAUCAUUGGGGGCAAAAAAAACCUUUCCGUUGUGAAGAAAUUUAUGCCUCGCAAAACCAUGAAAAGGUGCAUGUAGUUUUAUGCCACGAAUAAUGUGUUCUGCGAAUGGUCUGAGCGGGAAAUCCUUUGAAGUGCCGGGUACGAAAACCUUUGAAGUGCCAACUUCUUCAAGUUGAAUACUUUCUGUAAGUGUGCCCUUCACUUGUAUAGCCAUUCAUAUGCAGAUUGGAAGUGAGGAAAACCUAACAAGUGCCAGGUGGAAAAACCUUUGUAAUGUGCGAUAAUUGUUGUUCCCCUCGCGGAGCAAAGCCAUUUUAAAGCUUUUUGUACUUAUUUUCGAUCCAUUUUAAACUGGAAAUCCAUUUUAAUGGAGUCGUUUGGAUGAAGACUUUUGAAUGCUCAGGGGAUCUUUCAGCGCACAAAAUCUCAAGACUAUGUAUUGAUUCAGAGGCUGAAAAGUGGGACGCGGGAAUUUGUCAAGACAAGAUUAAUGAUCAAAUCAAAAGUACUCCAAAUCCUUUUUCACUGAAUCAAAUACAUGUUUCUUCGUCUCUCGAUGAACUCCGCUUCCUGGUAAUAAAAUCAUGAUAAUUAAUAUAUAAUUAACAUAUAAAUCUUUUUUUAAAUAUUCUCCUGUGUUGCCCACCGGAUAAGUUAUAUCUCGAUUAAUUUUGCGUAAAUGUUAUGGUUUAUUUUAACCCUACAUGCUGUUAAGAUAUCAUCAUGAUUCAAGACUUUCCAUACCCAAGAUCACUGACCACAAACAAAGCAUUGAAUGGAGGCGAUAAGAAAAAGUGAGCACAGAUCUUUUCUUUCGUGCGCAGUGCACCUUGGCUCCUCGAUGCCUUGUUCAUAGUCACAGAACCCAAGUGUGGAAUAAUCGUGAAUAGAUUUUUAACUCCACUGAAACCAAUUCUAAUCUCGUGCAAAAAAUGUCUUAUUCAAAAACUUAAAAAAAACGAAAAAUUAAAAGAACAGGAAUAUGAAGGAAAAAUGAGAUAAUACAUUAAAAGGGGCAUAUCCUCUUUUAGCGUUCACUAAACAAGUUCUUAAUGCAAACAUAUGAAUACAUGAUAAAAACAGUAUGCCUUAUACUCAAAUAGCAUUAGAAAUUACCAUUUUUCAGUGAUGUUAUGUAUGUCAAUGAUUUGUUCACUCCUAAAACUACAGAUUUUUCGUUUUUUGUUCUUUUAUAUGUCAAUACUCGAGGAAUAAGGUCGGUUAGUGAGUAUUUGUUACUAUAACGGUCUAAAAAGAAAGCAAAAGUACUUUAAUGAGGGAGGGGAGGGUAAUUGUUAAUAUUGUAUACUCGUUACGUUCAAAACAACUUAUAUCAUCGUCAUCCCAUACGUUAACUAAAUAUGAAUUUUUGCCAAAAUAAGUGCUUAACUGCGUCGAUAAAAAUGUCUUUUAGCGGACAAUGUCACGAAGUAGUUUUUAGAAGUUUUGAUAAACAUUGAACAGUAGUGCAGAUGUUAGAGUGGUUUUCAUUAAACCGUGAAAUACAUUUAGGCGUACUACACUUCAUUACUCUUUUUUGUACGUUUUUUCUUUGUCUUUUCGGUGUAUCACUCAUUAUUACAAUUUGUUUCACGGGUUAUUGAAAAGCAAUUAAAAGUUACUCGUUUUCUUCUGUUGGAAUACGACUAUUUGAAAUUAUUAAACAAUGACUAUUAGUCAUGGCUUCACAGAUUCGAUGUCCAACCUGGUCAAUGGUCAUUGACUGGCAAAAAAAAUAACGUUUACAGCAACGACAUUAAUAAAUAAUUAAAAGAUAUUAUUUAAAUAAUUAUUUAUGGAAUAGAGAGAGAACACAAUAAAGCUAUUUUCAUUUUGUAA